AUGUGUCAAUUCGUUCAAGGCUACUACGCUUGUUGUCCCCUGUGCAGGGCCGACUUCUUCCACGGAUGGCAUAUAUGGAAGCUGACGGACCUCCUGACAGACUUCGUCGAGGCUGCCAAGGCAGGCAAGGACAGCCUCGAGGAGAAGGCGCUACGUGAGUGGUAUUCUGUGGAGGAAUGGGGUGUCUAUGCGAGAUUCGAAGAUCAGGACAUUAGCGUCCUUGCCGAGGUCGUUGAUCAGCCCUGCGACUGCGCCGACACCUACGUAUGGGACUGUUGCAAAGUCGAUAGAGAGGGGAAGCCUGCCAAAUGGACUCGGUGUGAUGUCGAAUGCGCUGACGAACUCAAGAAGCGACGCGUCAAGAAGCCAAAGGAAUCAUACCCCAAACAACGACAUCCCGAGCGUCUGCCCUAUGAUGUUAUUCGAACAGAGGAUGAGAUUGUAGAAACAGGCAAGUCUGACGACACAUGGAAGUUCCUGGGAGACUAUGAAUGGCGGUAUAUUCAAGACCGCGACACUCGACGUGCUAAGAAAGGUCCCUUGGAACCCAAGGCGCUGCCGACCCGGGCACAACGGUCAGCCCUCAGGACCCGUCAGGGCACUUCAGCCCCAGACGAGGACACGGUUACAGGAGAGCUAGGCAGAGGUAACCAAGCGGGCGCCAUCUUCCCAAGAGCACGAGAGGCUCUCCGCCACGCCAGGGGCGAUGACCGGUCUGAGUCAACUGCAGCCACCCAGGAGACAGAUCUUUCCACGGCCACCAGUCUUACGCAGGACACCUUAGAAACGGAUGUGACAAGGUCGGACACAACAUCAAGUGCUCUUGCUUACCCGCGACGUGCCGCAUCUAUAUCAGUCGUGUCCAAAGACACAGCAGCAGGCCGAAUGAGUCCUCCCCGUCAGCGACCCGAAUUCCCACAGUCCGCCGCCACUUCAACCAUUUCUGGCGACAGCACCACCACGGGGUCGACCAAACAGCCCGAAGAGUCUUCUUCCAGCACAGAUCGCCCCGUCAAAGGCCACUACCAAUCCCGCAGCCAGAUUCCUCGGCACGCCGAUCCCUACAAGGGCCCGGGCAGCAAACUGCCCAAAACUGGCGUCUCACAAGCCAAAUUCAAGCCACCGCGCGACCCUCAAAAAGGCAGACGCAAGACCCGAUUCGCCGUGCCCGGCAGCAGCAGCGAGGAAGAGCACCGCAAGCCCUACUACGGCGCCCGCGAGACGACCCCGAAGCGCGAGCGGCGGCGACUGGCUAACCGCGACGCGCGGGCGCUGCGCCAGGCCGAGGCGGAGAACGAGGCGCGACGGGACGCAGAGCGCGAGGCCGCCGCCGCGGAGGAGGCGGCGUUUUGGGACGAAAUCGAGGAGGAGAGGGCACGGAAUGUGGGGGACCCGGAGGAGAGGGCGGCGCAGUACCGCGCGGCCGUGGGGGCGAGGCGCGAGCGCUCCAUAUCGUGGGCGAACGAAUUCGAAGAUGCGCUCUCGGAUUUCGAUACGGCGCUGUCCGAAUCCGAGGCGGAGGCGGAGGCGGAGGCGGAGUCGGCCUCGGGGCCGUCGCAUGUCGAUACGAGUGACUUGAGGACUACGACGACAAUAACAACAACAGCGGAGACUGAGUCGGGUACGGGCCUCGUCGGUCAAGAAUCGACGGUCCACUCUUCUGCCUCGUCUAGCUCGAGAGGAGACGACUCGGACUCAGGGGGUGAAGCGCCGUCGCAGCCGAGGGAAUCGCAAGGGCCGCCGUUUUACGGUCCGAGCCAUAGACGCCGCAGGCAUGGAUGA